AUGUCCUCAUCCCAGACCCAGCCUGAAGUCCAGGAGAAGAUCUCGGCGGCGAGGAGAGAAGCAGAUGGCCUCAAGGACAGGAUCCGUGCUGCCAAGGACCAGACCGCCGACACUAGCUUGCGCGCCAUGGCCAAUGACACACCUCCCCUCCCGCGUCUUACGCUCAAGGUGCGCCGUACACUCAAGGGCCACUUGGCCAAGAUCUACGCGCUGCACUGGUCCGCAGACAAGCGCCACCUCGUCUCGGCGUCGCAGGACGGCAAGCUCAUUGUCUGGGACGCCUACACCACCAACAAGGUCCACGCCAUCCCCCUGCGGUCAUCAUGGGUCAUGACGUGUGCCUACUCCCCCUCGGGCGGCUACGUUGCCUGCGGUGGUCUCGACAACAUCUGUACCAUCUACUCGCUGCGCGGCGCAGGCCCCGGACAGCCCGGAGGCCAGGUCAAGGUCGCCCGUGAACUGAGCGCACACACUGGCUACCUCUCGUGCUGUCGCUUCCUCAACGACCGCCAGAUCGUCACCUCGUCCGGCGACAUGACCUGUAUGCUCUGGGACAUUGAGCAGGGCACCCGCACCAUGGAGUUUAACGACCACACCGGCGACGUCAUGAGCAUUUCGCUCGCACCAAACCAAAACCAGAACCUGUUCGUCUCGGGUGCCUGCGACGCGACCGCAAAGGUCUGGGACAUUCGUACCGGCAAGGCCGUCCAGACGUUUACAGGCCACGAGUCGGACAUCAACGCCGUCCAGUUCUUCCCCAACGGCGACGCCUUUGUCACCGGUUCCGACGACGCCACCUGCAAGCUCUUUGACCUGCGUGCCGACCGCGAGCUCAACUCGUACCAGCACGACAACAUCCUGUGCGGUAUCACGUCCGUCGCAUUCUCCACCUCGGGCCGCGUCCUCUUUGCAGGCUACGACGACUACAACUGCAACGUCUGGGACACUCUCAAGGGCGAGCGCAUCGGUGUCCUGGCAGGCCACGACAACCGUAUCUCGUGUCUCGGCGUCUCGGGCGACGGUAUCGCCCUGUGCACGGGCUCGUGGGACUCGUUGCUCAAGGUCUGGUCGUAG